CGUCGGCGGUCGGGGUUGGUGCGUCGUCUCGGGAUCCUGCGGGCCGCCGGUGCGUGUGUCUGUGCAUUGGUGCAUACAACUCUGUGCACAUACCGAGGUCGGAGUGAAAUACGUUUCUGAGGACUCCUCUGUGCCGUCUCAUCGGCCGAUAGAACGAUGCGGGAGUUCAAGGUGGUAGUGUUGGGUUCCGGUGGUGUGGGCAAGAGCGCCCUCACCGUUCAGUUUGUGUCCGGACACUUUAUGGAAAAGUACGACCCCACGAUUGAAGAUUUCUACCGCAAAGAAAUCGAAGUCGAUGGAUCGCCGUGCGUGUUGGAGAUUCUGGAUACAGCUGGUACCGAACAGUUCGCCAGCAUGCGUGAUUUGUACAUCAAGAACGGCCAGGGAUUUCUGGUCGUGUACAGUCUUACGAAUCACCAAACGUUUCAAGACAUCAAGAACAUGAAGGAACAGAUCGCAAGAGUCAAGGGAUCGGACCGGGUGCCAAUCAUGCUGGUCGGAAACAAGGUUGACCUGGAGCACCAGCGAGAAGUGUCAUCGGUGGAAGGCAUGGCCCUGGCGCAGAUGUGGGGCAGCCCGUUCCUGGAAACUAGUGCCAAAAGCAAGACCAACGUGAACCCCGUCUUCUCCGAGAUCGUGCGAGAAAUGAAUGACAGUCCAGAGGUUGACAAAGGGACGUAUUGCUGUGCGAUUCUAUAGCGACGCUGCACUUCCAUAGCAUGUGUGGAUGAAGAUGUUAUUUAAUGCCCUACUGGUGCUGCCGCCUGGCGUCGGAGAUCGGGGCUGGCGCCAAUCGGCGCGCGGGGACGACCGGACGACCAUAUUUUAGUCAUAUUUGAUACGUGAACUCUUUCAGCAUGUGAUGAGUGAUUGUGUACGCCUGACUGGCCUCAGCGGGGCCGUGAAGUGUAGCGGGUUUGGUGUGCGUGCUCGCCGUGGUGGCGUGACUCCCAGCCUGACAGGGCUAUGUCGCUGUGUACGCCCGACCCGCGCCCGUGUGAUCAUAUCCACGUCCCUGUCCUGCCAACCGCCUUUCGAACCGUUUUGGGAGGGCCUCUUGGGCCACGACAAUAGUGUUACAGCUGAGAUAGACGUUUAUCGGCGCUGUUAUUCGGUGCGGAGAGGUGGCUCACGUCGCUCGGUUCCAGGCGCGCCGCACGUGUAUCGGCGAGUCUGCCCGGAAGCCCGUGCCCGCACCCGUGUUAGUGCGCGCGUCGUACGUCAUGUGGGUCGUCCGUUGCCAUAUGUGUGUGCGUGUGCGCGCGGUGCGCGAGCUGUUGGGGACCAGCGGCCCCCACUCGUGUGCGGUUCCGCCUGUGAUGUCUGUGAUCCGCCGCCCUCCACGCAAUACGACUGCUCAACGGAGACGCCGGAGGAGGCUGCCGCGGCGGGGCUCAGGGCGGCCCGCGCGGCCCGCCGCCGCCGCCGCCGCCGCCUCGGACGCCCGGACCGGCGGCUGCGAGACGACUGCUGCUGUUGUGAGGCGGCCGUUUCCACUCGCUAACCCCGCUGGCGCAGGAGUCCGUAGAUUUUACACAUCUUAUUUUUGUAUGCGGCAGCGCGCAGGCGCCGCGGGGACGAAAUAGGCCGCGGGCGUAUUCCCGUAAUACAUGAACACGUGCGCUUACGCUGGUUU